UUACAAAUUUGCGUCAGAGGGCUUUACAAUCUGUACACAUACGACAUCCCUGUCCCAAUGAAAUUGAGUACUACAUUUAAAAAUUAAUUUUAAAUGUCAAAGUGCUCUGAUUUGACCACCAAAUCAGAUUUCAAGGUUGAAACUUGUCUUUCUACUCCUUAGACACAGCCCUGUCAUAAACAGAAAAUUAUUCAGGCACUGAACACUCAACAUAAGUCAAUGGCUCAGUCUGUGUGGCCAGCUGUUUGGGACUAAGCCCAUUUCUGCUCAACUGGAAGUGUGCUGUUGCCUCAUUAUGUGUUCACAUUUCCCAAACCCAAACCGUCCAACUUAUUGUGGUAAUGUGGAGGAGCUGAGCUACAAAUCCUCACACACACACACACACACACACACACACACACACACACACACACACACACACACACACACACACACACACAAUGCUAGAUUUGUGUGUUCAAAUCAUUCACAGUAACAUUCGUUCACAUAGCAGAUUACUUAUUAUUUAUUUCAUAUUCACAUAAAUAAAUGGUAAAUGGAGCUGUAGCGCUUUUCUAGUCUUCCGAUCACUCAACGCGCUUUAACACUACAUCAUUCACCCAUUCAUACAGUGGCUAAGGUACCACCUUGCCCAUCAGGACAAACUAACAUGCAUACAUAAGCCUGUAUGUAUACAAAUCAAAACUAUACAGGAUGAAAGGUAGGCUGUAACAUAUCAUCGCCUGAGAAACUCUUCUGUAAAUCACAAAUAGAGAGAGAGCGUGAGAGCGAGAGAGAGAGAGAGAGAGCGAGAGGAGCGCGAGCGAGAGAGCGAGAGAGCGACCUGCGCGUUCAUGGACCCGAGAGGGAUUUGCGCGCCUGCGUCUGAAUACCGGUUUGAGCCGGUUAAGAGGCCGGAAAUAAUCCAGUGGAGCCAAAAGAUGCGGCUGGCUGUGGUAGUGCAAACAUAGACCGAAGCAAUACCGGAAUGCAUUGGCUUUUUAAAAAAAGUUAAAAAAAAUAAAAUAAAAUAAAAUUUAACAUUUUAAAAUACACGUUUGCUUUUGAAUAGCCACGACCCAUCCGCAUUGCUUUAAAGACACAAUGGAAUAACGAGGAGAGGACACAGCAGAGGAACUGCCCCGCCAACCGCUCCGCUAAACGGCCGGUAAGUAACGUGCAUCGGGACGGCAGCCUCAGCUCACAGCGCAGCGGCGACAGAGGAUGAACAAACCAAAUCACAACACUUGCUGAGAUGGAUCACCUGGGCCCUGGACGUGUAGAUCCAUCACCACGCCGCCCUAUCUGAUCUAGUGUGAACCCAGCUGAUGGGCUGUGUGAUCGGGCACACUGACGUCUACAUGUCGUUAAUCACGUGGCGAAGCCGGUACAUUUCUCAGAGGAGUCACCUCUCCUGUUAAAAUGAGUGUAUGGCUCCUUUGGAAGUUAGCAGAUGUUCUGCGGCUGUUAAAAAUAUGUCUGUGUGCUUGUAAAUGUCAUCUGUAUCGUGAAAGAGUUGAAGCAGAGAAAAGUAUUGUAAGGGGUUAAAAAGCACAUGACUUCAUUAAAUAUCAAGCAGAACCUGUUCUCCAGCUGAGAGGAACAUAUCCUAGUUGGUGUGAGUUAUAUUGAGUUGCAUUGGUUGAUUUCAUGAUUUUAAAACUGCAAAAUACAUUUAAAAAAAGAAGAAAACACAAACGUAUAAAUCAAGAUAAUCGUGAGUAAGGUCUCAUGAAAUAUGUUAAACUGAACUGUUGUCACUGUCUAAAUCCUCAGAUGAAAAUCAUUUGGACCUUGAGACACUCGACUUUUUGGAGGAAACUGGAUCAAUAAGACAUUUUCGAUGAAAUUCCUCCACGACUGUCAUUGUGGCUUUUUUUGGAGAGUGGUGUCCCAUAAUGGCCCAAAGACUUGUCUAUCCUCCCAGAAAAAAGGGGACGUACUAAACUGUUCUGGUGGGCAGCUGGACUGCUGCAGCCAUGAGAACCCCUCAUUCCCAGAGGUGUUUGGGACCAAAUGUUUACCAAGAGGUGCCUGAAGGCGGCUGGGGCUGGGCCGUGGCCGCGGCCUUCUUCCUGGUGGAGGUAUGCACCUAUGGGACCAUCAAGAGUCUGGGCGUCUUCCUCCAGGACCUGAUGGAAGAGUUUGGGGAGAGCAACAGCCGAGUGUCAUGGGUUUUCUCCAUCUGUGUCUUCAUCUUUACCUUCACUGCACCCCUGUCCACGAUGCUGAGCAACCGCUUCGGCUUUCGACCAGUGGUGAUGAUGGGAGGCUUCCUCAUCAGCCUAGGAACCAUCACCUCUGCCUUCUGCAGCUCCAUUAACGAAAUGUACAUCACCAUCGGUAUUGUCUCAGGCCUGGGCUACUGCUUCACCUUCCUUCCCACCGUCACCAUCCUAGCCCAGUACUUCUCCAGACGACGAGCCCUCGUUACCUCUGUUGCUUCCUCCGGAGAAUCCUUCGCCGUAUUUGCUUUUGCUCCAGCUCUCUCUACACUGAAGGAACACAUUGGCUGGCGCUACUGUUUGGUUGUCCUCGGCAUCUUUCAGGCUUCUGUGAUUGGCUGUGGGCUUCUCCUCUGUCCAAUCAUUAUUGAGUCGGAGCCUGUGAAGGAGGGCAAAGAAUCAGAGUGUCGGCCUUCGAAACAGCUGCAGACUGUUUUGGAGCUGGAGAACGAACAAACAAGGACCUCCAUCAGUUCAGAAGACUCGGGUGUCACCUCCCUCUCUACUUCCAACGGAGACCUGAGGCCGGUAGGAGCUGAAAACACGGCUCUGAUGGACUGGGAGGUGCAGGACAAAGAGGCCAAGGAGACGGCACUUUCCACACCCCCCACCCCAGUUGAGGUAGAUGCAGUUCCUCUCCAUCCGUUCAGCUCCAAACUUCUUGACUUUUCUGUGCUGAAAGACGGUGCCUUCAUUUGGUACUCCCUCUUCGGCUUGUUCGCCACGCUGGGCUUCUUCGCCCCGCAGCUCUACAUCAUCGAACUGAGCAAGAGCCGAGGCGUGGAGCCCAGGUUGGCGUCCUACAUGCUCUCUGUGAUGGCUGUGGCCGAGAUCUUCGGCCGCUUGUCAAUUGGAGCGGUGUUGAAUAAAGUGCACUGCAGGAAGACCCUGGUGUUGCUGGGCUGUGUGGUUCUGCUGUGCCUGGUGCUGGUGGCCUUCACUAUCGUGUGGGAGUUCUGGGGCCUAGUGGUCUGCUGCGCCCUCUACGGCUACUUCAUGGGCACCGUCGGCUCCACUCACAUCCCAAUGCUGGCUGAGGAGGACGUGGUGGGCAUCCAGAAGAUGCCAUCAUCUGUGGGAGUUUAUGUCUUCAUCCAGAGCUUUGCUGGGCUGGCAGGGCCACCACUAGGAGGUGUGUUGGUGGAUGUCACACAGAACUACGGCGCUGCUUUCUACUCCUGUGCCGUGGGAAUGGGCCUCAGUGCCAUUUGCCUGGCUCUGGUUGGUCCGACCAAGUCCGGCAUGUGCCAGAGACAGAGCAGAAACAAAGAGGAGGUCAGGAGCACAGAAGAAAAGGGGAAAAUGUCUGAGGAUGGCAGCCAGUCUGACUUUUUGGAGGUGGACUUGGCCCUGGAGGACAAUCCGGUCAGACAGGCUGAUCUGGUAAUAUGAAACCGACUGGAGCAUGACAUCACCUCAUAAGCAACAAUAAAGAUCACUAACACUCGCCCACAGAGAUGGUCUUCACAGAUGCUGCAGGUUCCUAAUCGUAGGUGUCACUCUCUCCCAUUAGCUUGAGUGUCCCUCCUGUGAGACCACCUCUGAUUACCUUUAUCUCAGGAAAGAAAUGUUGUCAUGGAUACAGAAGUGCCAUGAGUGAGACAAAACAGUCAUGAUAUCUGUGAGAAGCCUCUGUGACAUCACGACUGUUGAGCUUGUUGAUUGGUACUCAUGUCGAUUCGUUCAUCCACAUCCGAGCCCUGCAGAACACCUGCAUGUUCUGCUCCUCCCCACUACGGAAGCACACUCCUCAUGCAUGUGAUGCUUCACUCCACUUUAAAAUGUGCAAAAUAACAUGAGUAAAUCUUCCUCUAUGCAUUGGAUGCAUAGCGGAAGAUCUAACUGCUGCUAAAGUAAGUUUGUCUUCGGUCUUUUUACGCACAUGGGUAUUUAUUUUCUAUCACUAUGGUAACUGAAGCAAUAUUGCAGCAGUGUUGUAGGUACAUGGAGCCUGUGUUCUAUGGUUUGAAGAUAGUUUAGGUUGUGGUAUUCAUUGUGCAUGCAUGUACCUUUACAUCCUCCAUUUUGUUGUGCUCUGGGUGAAGGUGUUCAAGCUGUGAUCCGGUUAAUGUACUGUAGCAUGAGCCUGUUACAGGUAACGGCGUACAUGUUUAUGACAUGUACGACCGAAUGUUUCACAAGUAUCCAGCUUAUCAGCUAAUGGUAAACCAAUGAAUAGCUAAAUCAUCGUCGGUGGGUGCCCAGACUGUUCUUCUCUUUUGCUCUCCACACAGACUCUUUACCUGCAUUCAACCGAAGCCUGGUCCAACGUAUUGGUCAAUACUACUCAGAACGUAAACCAGAACACUUCAGAUCUUGACCAGAUACCAAUCCUCCGACUAACACAUGGAGGCCAAGAAGCUUCUUCUUUGACAAGCUAGUAAUGUUUUGUUCCUAGAGAAGCACUCCAUCCAACACAACAUCCCGGAUGCUGGUGCUUUAACUGGGCCUAUUGCUGUUUUCCCACACUGGAGGAUCUGUAAGCUGUUUGUAAUGAUGAUAGGAUGCACAUUUUUGAAUAUUACUUCUUUUUUUGUUGACAUGAGUGCCAGGCAGGUACUUGCCUGUUAAGUGCUGUUCUGUUUUCAUUAUGAAUACCUAAAUAAAAUUCCUCCACACUGA